GCCCCAAAUUACUUUCCCUCUCUUCAAACAAAUUCCUCUCUCCUCUCUCUCUGUCUCUCUCGUUCUUCAAUCAUCUCGAAAAAGGACUAAAAAAUGGCGACGUUUGAGCUAUACAGGAGGUCAACAAUUGGUAUGUGCUUGACUGAAACACUUGAUGAAAUGGUAUCUAACGGAAUUCUUAGCCCGGAGCACGCCAUUCAAGUUCUCGUUCAGUUUGACAAGUCAAUGACUGAAGCUUUGGAGACUCAAGUAAAGAGCAAAGUUACUAUUAAGGGACAUCUUCACACCUACAGGUUCUGUGACAAUGUGUGGACCUUUAUCUUACAAGAUGCUGUGUUCAAGAGCGAGGAAUGCCAGGAGACUGUUAACCGCGUUAAGAUUGUGGCAUGUGACUCAAAGCUGCUCACACAGUGAGAAGACAGCUGCUGGAGAGAAUUUUCUGUUACAAAUUUGCAUUUCUAUAAUUAUUAAUGUAGAAAUCGACAUAAGAUAAGUCUUGAGAGAAGAGGGUGAAGUGCAGUUGUGGUUAUAUCCAUUCUAGGUAUUAUAUUUCCAGGGCCGUUUAACACCUAUAUUUUGUCCAAACCAGCAAACAUCAGUAGCUAUCCGUAGUCAAAACUGUUACAUCUAUGAUGCCAAUGUAUUUUAUUAUGGACCUUUUGUACAAUGUUUAACUUUAGUAUCUCUGUCAUUGAUAUGAGCUCAAGAAUUUACUUUA